AUGGCUCAAACUACCAAGCGCGCAGAUUUCGAGGCCGUCUUCCCCAAGCUGGCUGAGGAGAUUAUCAGUCAUGCUAAGAAGUACAACCUCCCCGAUAACGCUCUAGCGUGGUUCGAGAAGUCCUUGUUUGCCAACGUUCCCGGUGGAAAGUUGAACCGCGGUCUUUCAGUUCCCGAUACCGGCCUCGCCCUCCUGCAAAAGCCCCUGAACGAUGAACAAUUCGAGCAACUGAGCAUUCUGGGCUGGCUCACCGAGCUGCUCCAGGCUUUCUUCUUGGUUAGCGAUGAUAUGAUGGAUGGCUCCAUCACUCGCCGUGGUCAGCCCUGCUGGUACCGCCAGGACGGUGUCGGCUUUGUCGCCAUCAACGACGCCUUCAUGCUGGAGUCCGCCAUUUACCUCAUCUUGAAGCAGCGUUUCCGCUCCCACCCCGCCUACAUUGACCUUGUCGAGCUCUUCCACGAGACUGCCUGGCAGACCGAGCUGGGUCAGCAGUGUGACCUGAUCACCGCCCCCGAGGAUAAGGUCGAUCUCGACAACUUCUCCAUGGAGAAGUACAUGUUCAUCGUUACCUACAAGACUGCCUACUACAGCUUCUACUUGCCCGUGGCUCUUGCCUUGAUCUACUUGGAGCUGGCUACCGAGGAGAACCUUAAGCAGGUCCACGAUAUCCUGAUCCCUCUGGGCCAGUACUUCCAGAUCCAGGACGACUACCUUGACAACUUCGGUGACCCUGCCGUUAUUGGCAAGAUUGGUACCGACAUUCAGGACAACAAGUGCUCUUGGUUGAUCAACCAGGCCAUCCAGCGGGCCACCCCUGAGCAGCGCGCUGUGCUCGAUGCCUCAUACGGCCGCAAGGAUGCUGCUGAGGAGGCCAAGGUCAAGGCCAUUUUCAACGAGAUGGGUCUGGAGAAGGUGUACCAGGACUACGAGGAGAAGGUUGUUGGUGAGCUGCGUGAGAAGAUUGCCGCAGUGGAUGAGACCAAGGGUCUUAAGAAGGAGGUCCUCGAGUCCUUCCUGGCCAAGAUUUACAAGCGCACCAAAUAA